GUGCGGUAGGACUGUAAGGCUGGUAGUGUUACCAUUAUCAGCUGGCGGUUUCCGGGUGUUCAGUAGUAGCUGCGAAGUGGUGGCAGGAAGUGCAGGUUUUAUGCUGCAUCCCAACGCUGCAUGGAAGGAGCUUUGGCUGUGGAAAACAAUUUAUCACCAGAUUAAUCUGAUCUUUGGAGUGUGAAAUUGCUGAAGACUCAUCCAUUAGAAGCAGCUUCCUUGGCUUCAUUUCAACGUUGAAGAAAAGAGUUUAACUUCUAAGUGUUUGCAGAGAACUUGACACGUUGCUGGUGGACUCUAGAAUUAACAAAAAGGCUUUCAUGUCUCAAAGUAAUAACAAUGCACUAAGAGCUGUAUCCAUAGCUGAAAGCACUGAACAGCUGCAGAAAGACCCUGCAAAAACCAUGGCUACAGCAGCUGAUGCUCUGGGAAGUUUAUCUAUUGAUGCAACCCACCUCACCAUGUCCGUUACCGACCCCACAGCGUGGGCUACUGCGAUGAAUAAUCUCGGGAUGGUCCCUGUAGGACUGGCUGGGCAGCAGCUAGUUUCAGACUCCCUCUGCGUACCAGGCUUUGAUCCAAGCCUGAGUAUGAUGACUGGCAUAACUCCAAUCAAUCCAAUGAUGGCUGGCAUGGGUCUCUUACCACCUCCACCAACACAGCUGCCUAUUGUGAAAGAAAUUAUACACUGUAAAAGCUGCACCCUCUUUCCUCAAAAUCCUAAUUUGCCUCCACCUUCUACAAGAGAGCGGCCUCCAGGUUGUAAAACUGUGUUUGUUGGAGGAUUACCCGAAAAUUCCUCAGAUGAGAUUAUUCUGGAGGUCUUUGAGCAAUGUGGAGAAAUUACAGCAAUUCGUAAAAGCAAGAAGAAUUUCUGUCACAUUCGAUUUGCUGAAGAGUUCAUGGUUGAUAAAGCCAUUUACUUAUCUGGUUACCGAAUGAGACUAGGAUCAAGCACAGACAAAAAGGACUCUGGUCGCUUACACGUAGAUUUUGCCCAAGCAAGAGAUGACUUUUAUGAAUGGGAAUGCCAACAGAGAUUAUUUGCAAGGGAAGAGCGUCAUCGGCGCAAACUAGAAGUAGAUUACUUUGGGCCCCCAUCACCGCCCUCAAUCAUGCAUUAUUCUGAACAUGAAGCCACGGUGCUUGCUGAGAAGCUUAAAGAUGACAACAAAUUCUUAGAAGCCAUUUCUAUUCUCCUAACUUGGAUAGACAGAGGAGAGGUGAAUCGAAGGACAGCAAACCAGUUCUACUCUAUGGUCCAGUCAGCAAACAGUCAUGUUCGACGAUUGACAAAUGAGAAGGCAACACAUGAGGAAAAGCUGGAAGAAGCCAAGGAAAUCUAUAAAACUGAGCUCCUAGGAAUUCUUACUCAAUUUGAGCAGAUUGUGGCCGUUUUCAACGCUUCCUCCAGACAAAAAGCAUGGGACCAUUUCUCCAAAGCCCAGCGCAAGAAUAUUGACAUGUGGCGGAAGCACUGCGAGGAACUGCGAAAUGCACAAAGCGAGCAGCUAAUGGGCAUCCGACGAGAAGAGGAGAUGGAAAUGUCUGACGAUGAGAGCAGUGAUAUCCCUAACAAGAAAGCCAGAGUGGAAGAGUCAGCUUUAGCUGCCCAAGCGUAUGCAUUAAAGGAAGAGAAUGACAGUCUACGGUGGCAAUUAGACGCCUACAGGAACGAAGUUGAACUUCUGAAACAAGAAAAAGGACAUCAUGCACGAACAGAAGAAAGCUUGACCAAGGAUCAGCAGUUGCAGUUUUUACAACAAGCAAUGCAAAAUAUGCAACAGCAAUUAGUAGCCAUGCAGGAGGAGUUAAACAACAAGAAGAGUGAGCUAGAGAAAGCCAAGGAGGAACAAACACAUGCAAAUGCCCUCGUGAAUGUUCUCAAGGAGCAGCUUAAAAACACCAAAGAAGUUGCAGAUUCCAAUAACCACGACUACCUCACCAAAGAAAACGGUACUGUCACUGUCGCGGUGUUAAAUCAUGAUGAAGAGAAGGAUUCCGAAAAACAAAGACAGGUUCUGAAGUCAGAGAAAGAAGCCUUGCUCAUAGGUAUCAUUUCAACAUUUCUAAAUGUCCAUCCGUUUGGAGCAAAUAUAGAAUACUUGUGGUCGUACCUUCAACAACUGGACUCCAGGAUAUCGGCUAAUGAAAUUGAGUCUUUACUCAUGAGGUUACCUCAAAUGUUCAAACAAGAAUUCACUGGUGUAGGAGCCACACUGGAAAAGCGAUGGAAAUUCUGUGCCUUCGAGGGAAUCAAAACAACUUGACUUCGCAUGGUUGUAGAGACAUUUAGCUAAAUGCUGUAGCAUGGCAGAUUAUAAAGUAUUCCUUAGGCAGUGGACAUUUUGCAAGGCCGAUGAACUUGAACUUUAGUUACAUCUGUGAUGUGCUCUUGUGAUUGAAGAUGUCAUUGUGCAAGUCCCUCCGCUUUUGUUUCCGAAUUGUGAUAGAACUCUUUGCUGUACAGGUAAUUACAUUGGAUUUUUCAUUUAAAUCUAGAUAGCUCUGAAAAUGUGUAGUUCCGUAUUAAUGGUUGCAUAGAAGAGUUAGAAGGACAAACAACUACUGAAAGUGACGUACACAGUAGACCAUUAGUUUAUAGGCCCAGAAAUGGUUUUAAGCCUCUUCUCAUAAGAAUUUUAAGUUGAUACAAUUUGGAAAUUGAACAGUAACACAGUUUUUUUUUUUCUAUUUAAUUGUCCUAAGACUCUAUCACACAUUUAGGCAACCUGUAGCUUAUCAGAUGUUACAGAAGACACUGUUAACCGGCAUUCUGCCAUACACCACAUAGAACCCAAGCGUUCAGCAAACAGAUAAAUUACAGAUUGUCUACCUCUGACCUUCAGAGAAGAUACUUGAAGUCUACCUUACCGAGAUGCACCUGCUUUUGUGUUACUUGGCAGAAUGCCCUAUAAUAGGUUAGGGUAGCUCUUAACAUGUCCCCUUUAACGACGUAACCCUGAUGUGUCAUUGUAGGGUGAAACAAUUCUCAUCUGGCAUGUCCAAGCCUUUUAAGAUUUGACCAUUUGCCCAAAAUUGCAGACCAUAUACAGGCCAAUGAUAAGGCAUAUUCAGUUCAGAUUUUUUAUCUUGGUGUUUCAGCAGGUUUUAGUAUUGCCAGGAGAGAUUAAACAGUGUGAGCCUACUGCUUGAAAGAAAAACAAAAUUUAUUAUUUUUCUAAUACAAAUCACAGACCAGAGUAAGACAGCAUAUACUGUAAAUUUAUCUUCCUGAUGUAAAUAUGGAGCAAAAUAUUGUUUUUUUUUCUGUAUUGGUAUGUAAUAUAUUCCGAUAUAUGCAUCAGAAUAUUCAACUGCAUUGUUCACAAAUUUUAUAUUAAAUACUUGAAAAUAAUGUUUUCCAAUAAAUAUUAUUGUACUUACAA